AUGACUUCUCUCAUCAGCCUGCCUGUCGAGGUCCUCGACCAAAUCCUCGGUUACUUAACCCCGCACCAACAGCUUCAUGACAUCAAAGUUAUGAAGCCGAGUAUCGAGAACAUCGCCUAUCAACAAGACAAAAAGUUCAAGCUCCCAGGUCUUCUCAACCUUUCUAUUACUUGCAAGACUCUGGGCCGGAUGAUUCAGCCUAUCAUAUUUCAUUCCUUUGUUCAACAUGACAAUUUCUGGAACAACGACGAUAGUCCACCAGCUUUCUUGCAUCACCUUGGGAAGUUCCUCAGGACCCUCGUCGAGCGACCCGACUUAGCUCAAGUUGUCCAAAUUGUCGACAUCGAGAUAUUCGAUCAGCGAUGCGAUUGCUGCUACAACACCCUAGAUCGUAUGACCGAAGAAGAGACCAUCUGGAUCGCGGAGUACUCCGCAAAGACCGGUCUUCCAAUGGACACAUCAGACACAUCAACGAUUGCAACACUUGCAACACAGCGCGAAUCAAACACGUGGGACUCUUGGGACGUCGCCGAGGCAUUGAUACAGAAUCUUCUUCUCAUGACACCAAACCUCUCGCGGCUGAAUCUCUGUCUUCCCCGAGACUGGAAUUUCAAGCCGCUGAUGGAAUGGAGCCGACACAUAGACUUGAAGACGGGAAGCCGCCCGGAAUUCCUCCAAAAUGUCCGGCACAUGGAACUGGAAAUUCAAGUCGACGACUCCAACGACCGCAGUAUCUUCGGCCCCUGUCAAGAGGCUGUUGCGAAAGAGUUCGAGGUCAGCGAGCAAGUGGCUAUCUUGGGGACGUCACUGUUCUUGCUCGGCUACGUCUUCGGGCCUCUCAUCAUCGGGCCAUUAUCAGAGAAAUUCGGUCGGAAAUACCCCCUUAUCGGCGGCGUCGCGCUAUCAUCCAUCUUCGGCCUCAUGCCAGCGCUCGGCAAAAACAUCGAGACAAUCCUCAUCGGCCGAUUUCUGUCGGGGUUCUUCGGUGUGGCACCCAUUGCUGUAAUAGGGGGUGUUAUUUCCGACUGCUGGGACGCGGCUGGCAGGGGUGCUGCCAUGGCCACCUGCGUCUGCUUCAUAAUGUCUGGACCAACAAUCGGGCCCAUCAUCGGCGGUGCAAUGAUCGAAAACUCGAUCAAUUGGCGAUGGACGAUGUGGCUUGUCUGCAUUGCCGGAUUCGCCUUGUGCCUGCUUGGGUUGCUGACCAUGGAGGAGUCUUACCCUCCGAGGAUCUUGCAACUGAAAGCAAGAUCACUGCGGAAGGAGACUGGUACCUGCAAUAUUCGAUCAGCUCUGGACAACGAAGGCAUGCAGAUGAAUUACAUUGUCCGGGUAUACUUGAUCCGACCAUGGCGUAAGGACCUUCCCGCCCACUUCAACUUGCGUCAACGCUGA